AUGGCAAACAAGAUGAAAGAAAGCGGAAUCACCGUGGAAGAAAACAGCAUUUCUUCUAGUUCGGACGAAGACAACUGCGAUGAUGCUUCUUCUUAUCAAUCUGGUUUGGAAGAAGAUGAUGAAGAGGACGAAGAUGACACGCAAUCCGCCUGUUCCAUUUCUAUAGCAUCGUCGUCUUCGGAAUCUUAUUCCCAGCCUUCUGAUGAUCACGAGGAGGAUGGAGAUGAUGAUAAUGAUAAUGAUGAAGAGAGCGCUGCUGAUGGUGAGGAUGAUGAGGAUGAGGAAGAGCAUGAUGAUUCAUCCUCUUCUUCUUCUUCUUCUUCGGAAGACUGGAAUUACAAAUUCUUUCCCAACGACAAUUGCCGCAUACGAUUCAAUGCAGAAAUUGAAGUUUACGAUACCUUGAGUAGAAACGAUUAUACGCUACAAGAAAAAUUGGCGUGUUUUCUAUCGCCAAAAGACAAGAAGGCUCAAUCCCAUCGUCAGAACAAGUCCAUUGCCAAAUUGGAAUGGUGGAUGGAAGAGACUCCGGAAAGUCGGAAUGGUUCGAACCGGAGUAAAAGUUUGUACUACUAUGUUCGUGAAGACAAUGGUAAAGGAGAACCCAAGUUUAUUGCACGGGGAUUGCAUCAAAUGACGGACAGUGGGUACGAUCGCAUGAACGACAUGAAGAAUUUGUGUGUGGAGGCUGUCUUGCACGAACAAGAUGCCCAAUGGAGGGAUUGGCAUAGGCGUUGUAUCGAACAAGAACAAGAGGCAGAAGAAGAAAAUGAACGACCGUUGCUAUUGUGGGAUUGGGAUCGAAUUUCCGAAACUUCCAUUGAUGCGAGUCGGGGAGCCAUCAUUGAAGCCAUUAAGAUUGCCAAGCGGGAUCGGCAAUUGGCCGAAAAGGCAUAUUUGCAGCUUGGAAAAAGUGAAAAACAACAACAACAACAAAGUACUACUACUAACAAGACGAACAACAAGGAGAAUAUCAAGGAGAACAUUGAGGAAAGGACCAAGGCAACAAAGACGGUGCGAAGUCAAGUCCUACAAGAUGCUGGUACAAAGAAGCCUAAUACAUCACCAAGGAGCGCUACUCCCACAACCAUUACUACUACUUUGACAUCCUCAGUCGCUCCAUCAGAUAUAUUGGUGACCACUCUGAAUGAUGAACAUGAUGACAGUGGUCAUCAUGAUGACACUGACACUAAUACUAAUAAUAAUGAUGAACAUGAGGAUGAGGAUGAGGAUGACCGCCUGGAAGUGGUUUCGGUGGACAGUACCCUCACGGGUGAUCGGUCCCUGCUGACACUGGUGGACGAUCGAUCCAUUGUCACACCCCCCACCGAUGACGAAGAAACGAUGGAUGCCAUCUCCGCCCUGAAACGUCGUCUCAGUUGGCAAGAACAACAGCAUCCUUGCAAGGCGGCUCACGAAGCUGCCAAUGCGACUGCGGCUGCCUUUCAUCACGAUGCCGCCACUACCACCACAAUCUUGUUGGAUGGGGGAAAACGAAGGGCCAGUGCACCGCCAUUGCGACGGCAUUGA